CUUUGUUUUUUUUCUACCCUCUUCGUUCUUUUUUUUUUUUUAAGAAAAAUUAUUUGCAUUUUUUUUUUGUUAAUUUUUAUUCAACAUGUCAAUGUCUAAUGCCGAGAUUAAUCAAAACAAUGCACACAUGGAGGAAAUGAAUAGUAAUCCUGCCAAUACCAUUUAUGUUGGUAAUCUUGACCAGAGAGUUACUGAUACAAUGUUACACGAGAUUUUUGAGACUAUCGGUCCCGUCGUCAAUGUCAAGAUUGUAAAUGUUAGAAGACAUAAUUCAUAUGCAGGUGUCAAUUAUGCUUUCGUAGAAUAUACUGACCCAAGAUAUGCUGAACAAGCUAUUCAAGAUAUGAAUGGUAGAAAGAUUUUUAACUUUGAAAUUAAAGUGAAUUGGGCUCAGCAGUCCAAUACAAACAAAGAAGAUACUAGCAAUCAUUUUCAUGUUUUUAUUGGUGACCUUGCACCUGAAAUUACAGAUGAAGCACUUGUACAAGCCUUUUCAGUUUUUGGAUCCAUGUCUGAGGCACAUGUUAUGUGGGAUGCUCAUACUGGAAAAUCAAGAGGUUUUGGAUUUGUUGCAUUUAGAGAUAAAUCUGACGCUGAACAAGCUAUUGCUACUAUGAAUGGUGAAUGGUUAGGAUCUAGAGCGAUUCGUUGUAAUUGGGCAACUCAAAAAGGCCAAACAGCUACACCUGCCCCUCAGCCUGGUCAACAAUUGCCUUUUGAAAUCGUUAUUCAACAAACACCUUCCUAUGUUACUAGUAUUUAUGUUGGCAAUUUACCUCCUAAUGUUAAUCAAACUGAAUUAAUUCAGCCUUUCCAAAGAUUUGGAUAUAUUCAAGAAGUUAAACUUCAAGCUGAACGUGGAUUUGCUUUUAUAAAAAUGGAUACUCAUGAAAAUGCUGCUAAUGCUAUUGUUCACUUACAGAACAUGCUUAUUAAUGGUAAUCCUGCCAAGCUUUCUUGGGGUAAAGAUCGACCUCCACAGGGCUGGCAAAAUUAUGGUGGAUAUCAACAACCUCAACAAAAUUGGAAUAAUUCAGCACAAUAUCGAGGACGUAACCAUCAUCUUCCUCCACAACAAAAUCUCUUUCGUGUCGCUCCUCCCCCACAAAUGACGAAUGGUUAUGGUUUCCAUCCUAAUCCUGCUGCUAGUCUUGACCCUCAUAGUGGUUCUGCUAUUUCUGCUGCUCAAUGGAAUCAACAAGCUGCUAUUGCUGCUGCUCAACAUCAAAAACAAUUAUAUGAACAAUAUAGUGCUAAUCCAAACAACAUUUAAAAUAUACAAAAUAAAAAUAUAUAAAUACAGUAUAAAAAAACAUAUAUAAAUAUAUACGUAUACAUGUUUAUAUAUCAUUCUUGUUUCAUGUAUGUAGAUUUUUUCCGUUCAAGCCUAAGAAUCUCUCUUUCUUUCUCUCCCUUCCUUUGUGAAUAAAAGCGCGAUAAUUCUUUUGUACUUGCUUAUUAAAUCAUCCUUAUUUCCUUUAUGACUUUUUUUUUCCCUCAAAACUUACAUUUAUGAUAAAAGGAAACAAGUCCCUUUGUUUAUCAAUUAUUGGCUACUACUUUAUUCUCUUGGAAAUAAUUCUACUGAUAAAGUAUAAUAAAG